GUGAAAGCAAAUUCUUGAUAAGGUCUGGGCUCACAGAACAGCUGGCUGGACGGGAGGCCCGUGAACCAACCACCAUUGUUCCAUUUGGAUUUGAGACUUUGCACCCAAUUGUAGAGAGCCCACUCCAGAGCAGUUUGAUUACAAUCCUGAACUACUAAUAAAAAAAAGUCUGCUAACAGCAAAUCCAGAAGCGAAGACAGCAAAAAUGCAAAGAGGAGGAUGAUGAUGAUGAGCAGGCUCCUUUGUUCUUCUCCUCAUCCGCCCCUUCCCCUUCAUCUUCCCCUCGAACAUGUCCCAAAUUCCUAUUGCCAGUCCUCACUUGCUGAAUUCCGUCCCCGUCCUCUCCAGCUCCAGUCUCCUCCGCCAACCACGCUAGUCUUUAUCGGAAGAAGCAGCAGAAGAAAGAGUACGGGCAGGGGCAGGGCUCUGAGAGAAUGGCAAGAUUACGAGGAGGCUGUCAAGGACAAGGACCUCGCUCGAGCUCUCCGCUUGUUAAAGGAGAAUUCUUCGAUCGAGCCGAAUGAUGGUGGAGCUUUGCAGAGGAAGGGGGACUGGCAAGUCCUGGAUACAUGCUUGAAUGCUGACGAUAUGAGGCUCGUUGCAAGUGCCUACACCUUUCUCAAGGACCAAGGUCGCUUACCCAAUUUCGGGAAGUACCGAAAUAUCGUUCUGGAAGGACCAAGAGAGAUUACACCGAAUGUCUUGACGUCUGCAACUGGUUUAGAAGUUUCAAAGCUUUCACCAAAGAAGUGGGGCCUGUCCGGAAGCUCCAGUGUUCUUCUGAUUGCUUUGCUAGCUGGAGUAUCCUUUUUGCUAAAUCAGGGAAUAGAUAUUAGACCCAAUCUUGCUGCAGUAUUGGGGCUGGCCAUGUUAGAUGCUAUUCUUUUAGGCGGCUCGUGCUUGGCUCAAAUCUCAAGUUAUUGGCCUCCGUAUAAGCGUAGGAUUUUGGUCCAUGAAGCUGGUCAUCUUCUUGUAGCAUAUCUAAUGGGUUGUCCGAUUCGAGGUGUAAUACUGGACCCUAUUGUUGCAAUGCAAUCGGGAAUUCAAGGCCAGGCAGGAACACAGUUUUGGGAUGAACGACUGCAAAAUGAGCUUGCUGAAGGUCAGCUGAGUGGAUCUUCCUUUGACAGGUACUGCAUGGUUCUCUUUGCUGGGAUUGCAGCUGAGGCUCUUGUCUAUGGAGAAGCUGAGGGUGGAGAAAAUGAUGAAAAUUUGUUCAGAAGUAUAUGUGUUCUUCUGGAUCCACCGCUCUCUGUUGCACAGAUGUCAAAUCAAGCACGGUGGUCGGUGCUGCAAUCUUAUAACCUGCUCAGAUGGCACAAGCAUGCCCAUCGUGCGGCUAUCAGGGCUUUGGAAACGGGAUGCAGUCUGAGCACAGUAAUCAAGAUAAUUGAAGAAGCGAUGUCUUUGAAAGCUUAUUAAUGUGUGAAGUAAUUAUACACUCCAAGAGGUAAAGCUGGUGAUGGUUUCUUUUUGCUCCAACCUGGACAGGCCAAAUAUGUAUAUGCUUGUGACCUGGGAGGAUGAUGGCUCCUGCGUUGGAGCCUAGAUUGCUGUAAAAGUAGUGGAUUUGCCGUCUUCGGACUUCUGGCUAGGUAGCUAAAAUGGCUUCGCUGGGACAGUUUCAUUGACCUAUAUUUAAAUCCUGCCAAGUCAUUGAGGAUGCUGUAUUGCAAACAGCUUAUUUGAUGACUGCAAACGGCUUAGCACUUGAGGUUUGACCCUUGUUUUUGUGGGGGCGCAGAAGGAAACUUGAUGGUAUGGUUUUAGGGAUGAUGUCCUCCAGAGGCCUGAAGAACCUAUUGUUCAAAAUGUGAGACACUCAUUCAUUCAUUCAUAUGGUAUUAUGGGUCACUUUUGCAGUAACGACACUAGAUGGGAUCCCGGAUUAUGCUAAAACCUAGAGUGAGUGAUAUUAAACAUGUUUUAGCCUCCUCGGGUAACAACGCUCUUUCAAGUGAUAUUGCAGUUGAAUGCUGUGAAUUGGAUGAA